UUCGCUUUCCUUUUUCCCAUUCUCUUCCCUUUAGAGUUGACUGGCUGGCAUCAACCUCAGAUCACUUAUGGUCUUAUCCUAAACACAUUGCAUUGCAUCUUCCUUUGCUUUGAACACCAUGCCAACAACACAAACUUGAUUGCAUCAAUGAGCAAACUAAAAUCACCCUUCUCAGUAAAGCCUCUAGGCACAAAUCCAUCCAUUUUAUGAAAACAUGGCACCGGUUUCUCCUAGUCUAAUUUUUUCAGUGUGUUUGAUUUUCAUACUCAUUCCUCAAGCCACUACUCAGCCAAGCUUCAUAUGCCACAUUUGUUCACCUGGCCUGGGUAACUACACCACUAACAGUACCUACGCAGCGAACCUUAACCAUGUUUUUUCAUCCUUCUCCUCCAACACCGCAAUUGACAAUGGGUUUUACAGUGCCUCUUAUGGCCUGGACCCUGACAAAGUCUAUGCAAUUGGACUACGUAGAGGAGAUCUUAAUCAAGAUGUUUGCCGAAGUUGCCUUAAUGACUCCACACUUGCUCUCAUACAACUUUGUCCCAAUCAAAAGGAGGCAAUAGGUUGGUACGACAAUUGCACUUUGCGCUUCUCAAACCACUCCAUAUUUGGCAGCGAGGAUGAUAUUCCUUCUUGCUAUAGGUAUAACCGAAGUAACGUGUCGGAUGUAGAUGGCUACGGCAAAGCGGUCAAGUCCCUGUUAGAUAGUAUGAUAAGUGAAGCUGCAUCUAGUACUCGCAAGUUUGCUACCAAGACCUCAGUCGCCCCGGACUUGAGCAAAUUGUAUGGGUUUGUGCAGUGCACUCCUGACUUGACCGAGCAACAAUGCAAUAAUUGUUUAGAAAUGACUUCUUCACAACUUCCACUGUAUGGUAUUGGAAAGGGAGGUGGUAGAUUUUACACACCAAGCUGCAAUUUUAGGUUUGACACCUAUCUUUUUUUUCAACCUCGAGCUGAAGCAACCUUGCCACCAUCACCAAUUUUUUAUCCUCCCAUGUCUGCAAAAGCUCGAAUUGCCAUUAUCAUGGCUCUUCUAGGUAUUAUUGCCUUGAUACUUGUCCUCAGCAUUUGCAUCUGUUUAAGAGCGGCAAAGCCAAUUGAUAGUCGUGAAACUGUGGACAAAAUAACAAGUGUAGAAUCCUUGCAAUUCGAGUUCGGCACCAUUAGAGCAGCCACUGACAACUUUUCUGAUACAAAUAAGCUUGGUAAAGGUGGAUUUGGGGCAGUUUACAGGGGUACACUUCCCAAUGAACAAGAAAUAGCUGUGAAAAGACUAUCAAGGAACUCUGGACAGGGAGAUCAAGAAUUUAAGAAUGAGGUUUUGUUAGUAGCCAAGCUUCAACACCGCAAUUUAGUUAGGCUCCUUGGAUUUUGCUUGGAAGGAAAUGAAAGACUUCUAAUCUAUGAGUUUGUGCCAAACACAAGCCUUGAUCACUACAUAUUUGAUUCGAUGAAGCGUGCAGAUUUAAAUUGGGAAAGGUGUUAUAAAAUCAUAGGAGGUGUUGCUCGAGGGCUUUUGUACCUACAUGAGGAUUCUCGACUUCGAAUUAUUCAUCGUGACCUCAAAGCUGCCAACAUUUUAUUAGAUGCAGAAAUGAACCCUAAAAUUUCAGAUUUUGGCAUGGCAAGGAUGUUUGUAGUGGAUCAAACUGAAGGUAGCACUGAUAGAAUUGUGGGAACCUAUGGAUAUAUGGCUCCAGAAUAUGCAAUGUUUGGACAAUUCUCAAUUAAAUCAGAUAUCUUUAGUUUUGGUGUGUUAAUACUGGAAAUUGUAAGCGGCCAAAAAAUUACUCGUUUCCGUGAUGAAGAGAAUAUUGAAUACCUUCUAACAUAUGCAUGGGAAAAUUGGAGGGAGGGGACAACUUCAAAUCUCAUAGAUCCCACAUUAAGGGGCGGUCCAACAGCUGAAAUGAUGAGAUGUAUUCACAUUGGGCUGCUUUGUGUUCAACAAAAUGUUGCUGACAGACCCAACAUGACUUCGGUACUUCUCAUGCUUAAUAGCAAUUCUGUCGAUCUCCCUUCACCUACACAACCUGCAAGCUUUCUGCAGAGAAAUCUUCCAUCAGCCGAAUCCUUACAACAGGGUAUUAAUUCCAGUGUAUCUAAGUAUGAGGUUUCAAUUACCGAGUUGUAUCCCAGGUAGUGUUCUUUGGAUGAUGGUUAGAAUUGAAUAAGUGUGUAUGUCUUGAAAGUUUUACUUGCUACAAUAUGUUUCAUUGUAUCAAUAUAUUUGGAGAGAGGAAAAUUCUUGUG